GUAAUCACACAUGGAUUAUACUCUUUUCGCCGCUUUUUAUUUGUUUCUGCCUUAGAGGAAACUUUCUCAACAACUGUUUUCAGGUGGGGCUUCCUUCUUAUGCCAGAGCCAUGAUCUGCUCCUUAAGAUGGACUGCUUUCCUCUGGACUGUACAUUUUAUUCAUUUUUCUCAUGGAAUGGCAGUGAGUGAACCAACAGAUGGCUUGUGUCCCCUGCUGAGUGUAGAGGAGAACAGGUUCUCUGACGUCUUAGAUCGUCCCCUGCAAAUCACAGGAUUUGACCUCACAGAAAAGUUUCUUCUCCGUAAGGGAACAAUCACAGAAGAUCUGCCGUCAUUCCGAUUAGGAAGCAGCCCACUCAUUAAGCCAACGGAAGUAAUAUUUCCAAAUGAACUUUCAAGUGAAUACUCCCUUGUCACCAUCUUCCGGGUGAGAAGAACUACAAAAAAAGACCGCUGGUAUCUUUGGCAGAUAUUCGACCAGUCAGGAGGCAGUCAGGUGUCUGUUGUGGUCGAUGGUGGAAAGAAGGUGGUGGAGUUUUCUUCUCAGGGCCUGCUAAAGAACCCUCUCCGCUACACAUUUAAGAGCCGUGACCUACAUGUCCUCUUUGAUCGCCAGUGGCACAAGCUGAGCAUUUCUGUCCAGAGCAACAUAGUCUCUGUUUACAUGGACUGCAAGCUAAUAGAAAGGAGACUGACUGAUGAGAGGGACAGCAUUGACCCCAGUGGGCGCACUCUCAUCACUACACGAGUGGAGGAUGGACGACCUGUAGAUAUUGAACUGAAACAGUUUCUGAUCUACUGUGACCCUUACAUGGCAGAAAUGGAAAAUUGCUGUGAGCUACUGGAGCCAAAGUGUGAAGCCAAGAAGACCUUUAAUGGGACUUCCCCUCCCCUGGUUACAGCCCAGCUCCCUCAGAUGCUGUCUCAGCCGGCCUCACGGUCAAUUGACAGAUGUCACUGUCCAGCUGAAAAGGGGGAAGCUGGUCUUCCAGGUAUAGUUGGACUGCCAGGACAGAAAGGGGAUAAAGGAGACAAGGGGGACACAGGGGAGGCCGGGCCUACAGGAAACCCAGGACAUAAGGGGGAACUUGGAUCAGAAGGGCAAAAGGGAAUCGAUGGGGAGAAGGGUGUGAAAGGUGACCCAGGGCCAGUUGGUCCCAUUGGUCCCAAAGGAAUCAAAGGUGAUGUGGGUCUGCCUGGAGCUCCUGGGCUGCCAGCAAUCAAAGAAUGUCUCAAAGGAGAUCAGGGCCCUCCAGGUGACAAAGGAGAGAAGGGGUUGGCCGGUGUGCCAGGUCAGCCAGGGGAACCAGGCAAAGAGGGCAAAAGGGGACGGAGAGGAAAGACUGGGGAGCCUGGACCCAGAGGCCUGCCUGGUCCCCCAGGAACCCCGGAAGGAGCAGGUGUCAAGGUGGAAAGGGGUGAGUCUACAGUCCCAGGGGGGAAAGGGGAGAAAGGAGACAGAGGAGAACCCGGUCAGCCAGGUGCCGAGGGGGGCGGCGGGAUGAAAGGACAAAAAGGAGAUGUUGGUCCUCCCGGUCCCCCUGGUCCUGUGAUGACAGCUCAUGGAUUAAGACAGAUCUCUGGAACUGAUGAAAUGAAAGCGAAGACCCAAAAGGGAGAAAAGGGAGAUGAGGGGGAGAAAGGAGCUCAAGGACCGCAAGGCUUUAAGGGAAACAUGGGGCCUCCAGGACUGAAAGGAGAUCCAGGACCAGAGGGCAAGCAAGGCCUGCCUGGACCCACCGGACUCCCAGGACUCCCAGGCGAGCCAGGCUCGCCAGGGGAGUCAGGGGUGCCUGGGAGAGAUGGCCUGAAAGGAGAAAAGGGGGACUCUGGUGGAGUGAUGGGGCCACCGGGACCUAAGGGCGAGCCUGGAGAGCCUGCAGGUGGAUAUAUGCCUGAUGGGUCGUCUCUGAGCAGAGGGUCUCGAGGGCCUAAGGGAGAAAGAGGCGUCCCAGGAUUGCCAGGAGACCAUGGGGAAAAAGGCGAACCUGGCGAGAGUAUCAUAGGCUCACCUGGCCGCAUGGGACCCUCAGGAAAGCCAGGAAUUGCGGGCCCUCGCGGACCCCCGGGUUUAUCUGGCCCUCCUGGUGUUCCAGGAAGAGAGGGCCCCCCAGGUAGGCCAGGACCCCCAGGCCCUGCCGGACCCCCAGGUGAACCAACUGCCCUGCCAAUUGUUGGAGACAUGGGUGCAUUACUCAAGAAUGCCUGCAGUGUGUGCCAGACGAGAGUCCCAGGGCUUCCUGGGCAGAAGGGAGAGAAGGGGUCCCUCGGAGCACAAGGAGUAGAAGGCAUGGUGGGAGAAAAGGGGGAUCCAGGUGUAAGAGGUCCAAUGGGGAACCCCGGGAAAGAAGGCCCAAAGGGAGUAAAAGGAGAGAGAGGGUUCUCAGGCCCCACAGGAGAUAAAGGUGAUGAGGGGCCUCCGGGCGUACCAGGACUUCCUGGUGUGGCUGGUCGAACAGGGGCCCCGGGGCUCAUGGGUAGACCCGGACCAAUGGGCCAACAAGGAGCCAAAGGAGAAAAAGGAAAUGAAGGACCCCCGGGCAGACCAGGACUUCCAGGGCCUCCGGGUGUGCCCUAUGUGGAGGGCAAUGGGAUGAGCGGUCUGUACAAGCUGCAGAGUGGUGGAGCUAUUUUAGGACCCCCUGGAGCUCCUGGCGCUCCGGGUCCCAAAGGAGAUGAAGGAGUUGCAGGGGAGCCAGGGGCCAUGGGAUUACCAGGGCUUGAAGGGCUACCUGGUGCCAAGGGUGAUAUUGGCUUGCCUGGUCCGCCUGGGAUAAUUGGUCCUCCAGGGAAGCCCGGCACUCGUGGAGAGCCAGGGAUCCCAGGAGAGCCGGGUGAGAGGGGGCCGCUUGGAGAGACAGGAUUCCCAGGGCCCGAGGGACCUCAAGGUGUUGCUGGGAGACCUGGGAAAGAUGGAACUCCUGGAUACAAGGGAUCUACAGGUGCACCAGGGGACAGAGGAUCCAAAGGAGAACGUGGUGAUCCGGGGAUUCCCGGAGAAAGAGGUGUACAAGGCGAAAGAGGGCGCACAGGAGAUCCUGGUCCGACUGGACUGAUCGGACCACCAGGCCAAAAAGGAGAUCCUGGCCCUCCGGGACAUUUGGGGAAUGUAAACCUCCUGAAUGAUUACAGCUUCAUGGAAGAACUCAAAAAGUUCAUCAGAAACGAAGUACAGAGGGUCUUUGAAGAGAAGCUAUCGGGCUCUGCCAUGCUGCAGAAGACGCCUGCAGGGAUCUUAGCUCCACAGGUCCAAGGGCCUCCAGGACCUCCUGGAAAGGACGGAUUACCGGGCCCUCCAGGAGAGCCCGGACCUCCUGGCCCUCAAGGGUACAGGGGUCAGAAAGGAGAACGAGGCCAGCUUGGUCUGGGGUUACCAGGAGAUCCAGGACCCAUGGGGCCACCAGGCCCUCAUGGGAUCACUACUCAGGGCCCUCCUGGCUCUCCGGGACCCCGUGGACCUCCUGGGACAUGUGACCCUAGUGACUGUCUUCUCCCAUCCCUGUGAUCCCAGG